ACGAUGAUGAUGAAGAAGAAGUAGUUUCAAGUAGUAGUGGUAGCAGUAGCAAUAAUGGAGGUGCAAGAAGCACCGGAAGAAGUACUGAAGAUGAUACCAAUAGAAAUUAUGAUGAAUUAUAUGCCGAUUAUGAUGAAUUCCAAAACGAAACCAACAAUAAUAAUGAAGAACAUAACAAUUCUAGUGAUACAAAUAACAUUUCUG